GCCACCAUUUCCUCGCUUUCCUAGGAGCUGUGCCCCCAUUUUCCAUAAAUCCCUCUCUCUCUCCCCCACGCCCUCUCUCUCCGUUUACCUUUUCUGCUUUUCAGAACUAAACCUUCAUUUCCAUUGCCACUUUCGUUAUCUUUCGCUAUGUCAUCUGAUGAAGAUGAAUCGUUUAUAGAUCAUGAACUGAGAAAACGUCCGUUCACCGGGCCGAUAGGGCUCCUUAAAAUUGUGGCCGAGCAUAUAACAAGAUUGUCCCCCCAACAUCGACAAUUGGUAUAUAAUAUUUUAAAGAUUAUUAGUUGUAAUUUCGGAAAUAUUGGUAUUUCAUGGCGUUUUGAACAAACGGAAUGGGUGAAUCUUGUGCCACUUGGGCGACAGCUUAAGGUUUUCUUGCAAGUCCCAAACCAGCAAAUCCUCUCGAGUAUUACACCUACUCUCAAUCCUAAUGAAGCUGUUGCAGUCGUAAUCAACAUUUUCCUCCUGAUGAUAGAAGCCAUCCUACGUUUUGAGGAAGGUUUAAUUGAUUGUGUAAAGAUUUCAAUCGAAAUUCUCCGGACAGAGCUUGGAUUUCUUAUUACUUUCCUUGGUGAUAAAGCAAUGCAUUUGCAGCGCACCAAGAAUAUAGUAAUUGAUAUAGAAGCUGUGGUUAAUGAAGUAGGAAAUUUCUUUUAUUCCUUCUUUUUCGCCAUUAUUGUAUUCAUCCAAAUGCCUGAAGUGGAAAAGACCAAUAAUGCAACCACUGAUAUCGAAGCCGUGGUCAAAGAGGUAAAACGUUACUUGCAUUUCCCGAGCCACUCAUUGUAUGAUUUACUACAUUCUAAGAACACACCAUUGCAAACCACUGAAGAUAUCAAAUCUCUGUUACGAAGUUUCUUAGGUUUCUUCAGUGUCAUCGAGACUAAAACAUUAAAUCUUGCACUUUCAUAUUUGCUAUGGAAGUUUGAUCUCUUGAAAACAAAGAUCAAGAAUCACUGCAUCACAGUAGCAAAGAUGCCGUGUUAUAAGGCUCCAAAGACUGCUGUUGUUUCACUCUUCAUUGUUGAUUCCGUUCUCGAUGAUCUCAUGGACCUAAUAAAUAACAAGUCUGACAGGAUUGUUGGUGUGAACGAUCAGAUUGUAAUGCUUCAUGAGGAGCUAAUGUUAUUGGGAUCUUCUGUCAAGGACAUAGCAGUGCACCAGGAAACAGAAUAUGAAGAACUUGUGAUUCGAGCCGGAGACAUCGCAUAUGAAGUUGAAUAUGUUAUCAAUUCAUUUCCUCAUGUUUGGUAUCUCGCCCUCCGGCUUCCUCAACUCAUUGAGAAGAUUCAGCUUUUUGCGAUGGCUAUCAAAGAAACGAAGAAUAAUGUUGGUGCAGCUGGAAUGCUAGAAGUUGCAAAUUAUCCAGAUGAACAAGUAGCUUUGCAAUCUAAAGAAUCUCAUGUUUUUGAAGACGCUAUUGUGGGGUUUAAAAAAGUGGCAACUGAAAUUGCAGAACAACUUGUUAGAGGAACAGACCACCUGCAAAUCAUUUCCAUCUUUGGGAUGCCUGGACUUGGUAAGACAACUUUAGCAAAUAAAUUGUACAAUGAUCCCUCUGUUGUCUAUCAUUUUUACAAGCGUUCCUGGUGUGUUGUGUCCCAAACAUAUAAUAAGAAAAAUGUGUUGAUUGAAUUUUUGAGCUCAAUGGGUAACAGUAAGAAAGAGAAAAUUUUGAAUAUGGAGGAAGAAAGUUUGGCCGAAAAACUUUACAAAAAUUUAAAAGGAAGGCGAUACUUUAUUGUGAUAGAUGAUAUAUGGGAUAUCAGUGUAUGGAAUGAUUUGAAAAGGUAUUUUCCGGACGACAGAAUUGGAAGCAGAAUCUUAUUCACCACUCGGAAUAAAGAAGUUGGUUUGAAAGCUUCACCUCGUAGUGUCAUAAAUGCACUUCCUUUUCUGACAGAAGUUGAAUGUUGGGAAUUACUACAAUGGAAAGUCUUCCAUGAUAAAAAUUGUCCCCAAGAAUUGAUACCCAUUGGGAAGCAAAUUGCAACAAAUUGUGACGGCCUACCACUUGCAGUGGUUGUGAUAGCUGGAGUUCUUGCAAACAUGGAGAAGAAAGAACACUUGUGGCAAAACGUUGCAAGAAAUCUUAGUUCAUAUAUAUCCCAAAACCCCGACAACUGCAUCAAGAUAUUGGAACUUAGCUACAAGCAUUUACCAAUGCAUCUGAAACCAUGUUUUCUUUACUUUGGAGCAUUCGAGGAAGACAAGGAAAUCUCAGUACGAAAGUUGAUAUGGUUAUGGGUUGCAGAAGGAUAUAUAAGGAAGGAAGAGCAAAAGUGCUUGGAGGAUGUGGCACUAAAAUAUCUUAUGGAAUUAAUUGAUAGGAGCUUGGUACUUGUUGUUAAACGAAGAUUUGACGGAGGAGUAAAAACUUGUAAGAUUCAUGAUAUAUUGUAUGAAAUGUGCUUGAGAAUAGGUGAAGGAAAAGAACAUUUGAAGAUGGUCAAAAUUAAUCAUGAUGAUCCACGGUUCUUCAGUCAAGUAUUGAUGUAUCAGCAACACCGUUGUCUGAGUAUUGACUACAAACCAUUUGCAAAUCGUUCGCUACUUUUUGGCCAACUUGUGCGCCCUCCUUUAAACUCACGCAACCUCAAAGUUCUUAGGUUCUUGGAGUUCUUGGAUGUUUGCAUUGUUCCGAAAUAUCGUAUCCCAAUAGGGAUUGAACAUCUGCCGCCAAUGGAAAGCUUUCGCAAACUAGAAUUUCUUGUAUUGGAAAAUACAUAUCAAAUUGAAAUACCUGAGAACUUUCUUAAUAUGGUGAGUUUGAGACACAUGCAUUUCAAGGGCGGUGCAUGCUUCAAUGCAUCUUGUCGUCAGCAAGCAACUGAGGAUGAAAACUUCCUAACAAAUAAUAACCUACAUAGUAUUUCUGUGCUUUCAAUUUCUGAUGAAACAGAUGAGAAAAUUUUGAGAUGUUUAACCAAUCUUCGCAGAUUGAAAGCCAGGAUUAGAUGUUCAUUCAAUCAUUCUUUCAACUUCCAUAAUCGGCUCGAAUCACUGAAGUUAUUACCUUAUCAGAAUGACGUGCGAGAUCCAUGUUCCACUUUGAUCAGUAUGCCCUUAAAUCUCAAACAAUUGACUCUAGUUUAUAUACACGCGUCUCCAGAACAAAUGGAGAUAAUUGGGAAAAUGCAGUGCCUUGAGAUUCUCAAAUUAGUACAUGUUUCCUUCGAGGGCAGACAAUGGGACACAAGUGGAGUUGAAUUCCUACGACUUAAAUUCUUGAAACUAUGUUGGGUACAAAUUGCGGACUGGAAUGCCUCAAGUGAUAAUUUUCCAAGACUUCAAAAACUAGUUUUGCGAAAUUGCUACAAUUUGAAGAUGAUCCCUCCUAGUUUUGGUGAUAUUCUAACGUUACAGAAGAUUGAGGUACAUUGGUGCGCGAAAGCUGUUAGAGAAUCUGCCAAGCAAAUUCAGGAAGAACAAGAAGAAAAUGGAAAUGAAGAGCUUAAAGUCAUAAUCACUGAGUGGUAAACAGAGCAUCUACUGGAGACAUCAGCUUUAGCAGCCUUGUGAGAUAUUCAGAUGGUAAUAAGAGAGAUCUCCUCUUUUACUCUUUCCCAUUCUCAUAUAGAUCCAGGUAUUGUGUGUAAUACUAAAAUGAAAACAUAAAAGAACUUCUAAUGUAUUUUCGCCUUGUUUUGAAAUUAAGGUUAUCUCUAUUUUAUGAGCCUGUUGAUGCUA